UAGUGUACAAGACAUUCUAAAGAAAAAACCCAUUGAGAUCCAAGAUCAAGAAGAUUGGGAAUGGCUUGUCAAAAAUCAUUUUCAAGCUUCAUCCUUCAAGGAAAAAAGUGAAAGAAAUUCGAAAAAUAGAAAGCAGCCACGCAUGCCCCAUAGGACCGGAAGCAAACCAAUGCGAGAGAUUGCAUACCAAAUGGGAGGCAAAAAUGGUCAUGAACCCAAUUUAGCAGAAAUGUGGUUUUCAACUAGGAAGAAAGGUGAGAAGUUGGUGGAGCCGAAAGAACAAGAAACAUAUGAUCAACUAGUUCAAACCAUCCAAUCGAAUCCUGAAAUGUCAAAUCUUGAAAUUAUUGAGACUUGUUUUGGCCCCCAAGUCAAGAAUCAUGUUCUUUUGUAUGGUGGCGGGGUGAGACCUAAAGAAUUAAAACUUGCAUCUUCAAGCAAGAAUGAACUGGAAGAAGAGAACAAGAUGCUUAAAGACCGGGUGAAAGCUCUAGAAGAUGCAUUUAAAGAAUUUAUGCAAUUUAGGAGUCAAGAUCAACCUUCUACAUCUCAAUCUAUUGAGGUCAGUGAGGCAACAAGACUCUAA